ACUUGUUUUACUAAAGUAGCGGAUUUGUUUUUCACUUAAUAUUGUCAAUGAAAAUACCAAUAUUUGUGAUUUUUUUGGGGGUAAUACGUGUCCUCUCAAGAAAAGUGGGGGAUUUGGAUUAUGCGGAAGAUGUUUCAGAAUCUUUUUCAAGUGAUGUAGACGGAUUAAAUUCUGGUAUUGCAUCUUCAUAUAACUCUUUUGAAUCUAGAAAUAUACCUUUUGAUGAUAAUAAUGUCCCCAGGGAAUUUAGGAGAGAUGUACCGGAAGGUCAAGAUUUAGAGGAAACGCAUCUUGUUGCUCGUCAAGAACCAUCACAGGAGAAGGCAUCAGAUGAAUCUGCACCUUCUGACUUUCAAAAUGUCCACACGCUUAUAGUUAAUGAAAUUAUAUACGAAACAAAAGUUUCAUAUUAUACUCAUACAGCUGUAGCUUUUAGGACAAAAUGCUGCAGACAAAAACCUCAUUAUACAAGGUGUUCAGAAACAGUUCCUGAAACUACGGCUACUCAGUUUCCUGAAACUACGGCUACUCAGUUUCCUGCUAAUCCAGAUGAAUCGUCUGAUAGUGAUGUUCCAACACCCACAAGUGAUUGUAAUGUUCCAGCUACAGGAUUUCAAUGUGUUACAACUAUUAUAAUAACAGCGUCAUGUGGUUGUUCUGUAAAUGCUGCAUCACACACAUGUGGUAUUGCUACUAAAGCUUAUGACUAUGGGCUACCUUCAACAUCCUCAUUUGAGUUGGAAAAAAGGGAAUAUGAAAAGGCACCGGAUGUAUCAGAAAAGGCAGAUGGCUCUUCAAAACAUUCAGAUAAUGCAGAAAAACCUGUAAAACGAUCAAAUGAAACACAAAAACCUUCAAAACCAGAAAAUAAAGUAGAAAAGUCUUCAGAAACUCACAGUCAUAAUCACAAUCAUAGUCAUGAUCAUGAUCAUAACCACACUCAUGACGAUAAAAAUAAAGCCACGCUGGGGAAGAAAAAUCAUGGAAUUAGAGUGGAAAAAUUACAAAAAAUAGAGCUUGUUUGCAUAAUUCUAGGAAUAAUUUCAGGAAUAUGGAUAGUUAUUUAGAUAUAGAGAAAUUUAAUUUUAUGUAAAAAUAAUUUUUAUUGAAAAUAAUUUACUGAAUUU